AUGUUGCUUGGAGCUGCGAAGCUUUUUACGACUUCGUGCAGGCGUGGAGAACACGGAAUUGGCCAAAUCGAAACAGAUAAAGACCAAUUGCCAUCAGACGCGAAUACCGACAGCUCAGCAAGCGACGAAGAUUUUGACGGCGGAAACAUUAAGCAAAGCAGCGAAGACAAACACCCAACAGAAAUCCAACCGGAUGUUGUCGAUGGUGCCAGCGGAUCACAAAUAAAGCAACGCGAAACCAUUCUUACGCCGAGCUUCCUGCAAUCACUUCUUGAAGCUACGGAAGAAGAGGAGGUGAACGACGGAAUCACGGCGGUAGGAUUCCCAACAAAUUUUCGAACCUUAAACAAAAGAAAAGAAAAAGUGAAAAAAGAAAAGGAACAUCUGAAACAACUAAACGUGCGCGGUCCAGUUGAUCCAUCCUUUGAUCCGGCUUCCAUUGAAGCGGCAGAUUGGUUGAUACUAAACAAGGAACCAUGGUCUGUUGUGCUGGAAAAGUGGCCAUUAAGCUUUAGUGUUAGACAGCUAUAUCUUGGAAGUGGCAGUUUAAUACCCAUACUUUUUUCAUCUUACCCUCAUUACAAGCUUUACCAUGGAUACCAGCUCAUUGAUAUUGACUACAAAUUUCUAAACAUCGGUGCACCCAAUGGAGUGCAGAAGUUGGAAUCUGCAACAGCCGCUAUUUCUUCAUUCAUCGCAAAAAAAGCCGCCGAUCCGUCAGCUGUAGGAUUAUUGAAAUAUUUAACCAACUGCGACAUUAACCAAGAUACCAAGCUGUGUGCACUUUAACUUGGACUGAGUACUGUUCUCCCACCAAACAUUGUUUAUACAAAGUUCAAGCCAACGAUUUACGAGGCUCAGGAGGAUUCGAUAAUAUUAAUAGAUUCUAGUGACCAAAUUACUACGAAGUUGAAAUCCACCUAUAAAUUAUAUGCGUAUAAAAAGCUUCCGAUUUCGCCCAAGCUAGUUGCUGUCGGAACAGGAUUGGACACUCUAACCGGAAGAUUUUAUGUGCAUCAUCCGGUUCCUGCUUCGAGUUACCAACGGCUACAAGGGCCAUCGACGUGCUGAUCAAAACCACACACACAUUUGGUUUAAAGUACUCGAAGAUAUCAAAACUCGUUUGACAUUUCAUAAGUUCCUUCGCUUACAACAUUGAACAUCCUACGCCAGUGUUAGCAGGCUCAAUAAUUUUAUCGCUCUAGUGGAAAGCACCUCUACCGAGAAUGUUUAGAUGUAUAUUCGAAUACUGUAACACAUCUUUCAAAGCCGCUGAAUAUAUUACACAUUUGAGAGAUUUCCA